AUGGAAGGUAUUGAAGAAAGUUUCCAAGAGUUAAAUUGUAUACCACAAGAUACUCGUGGGGCAACAAAACAUUUAUUGAGUCUAAUAUUAGACAAAAUUCACCCCUUGAUACUGGGUUUACACAAUAAGUUGUUGUCCUUUGAAAGCAAUGGAGAAGAGUUAUUGCGGCUCAAAGAGGUCUACACACUCUGUUCAAAUCAAAUUAAUAAAUGUUUGAUAAACUUAUUUGAGGUACUUAAAUUGGAAGCUCAAGAAAGAAUUCAUUUACAGGAGAGUCGACAAUGUUCUCUGGAGAGACUAUCAUGGUGCAUUAAAAGACUUUUAUCCAUUGAAACUUAUUUGGACUGGAAAACUGAACAUACAGAGCACAAUGAUUCUGCUAAUAAAUCAAUGAAUGUUUCUACAAUGCAUUUUGUCAAUUGGAUUGAUCACACAUUUCAAGUUUUGGGAAAACUGUCUGAUACAGUGUACCAAACUGAUUUUAAGGAUGCUAAGCAAUUCACCGAUGAAUGGAAAAAUGAAAUGGUAGAAUAUGUCACCGAGCUUCAUGUCUCCAUUGAUGAGCUCCUCUUGUCAGCCAUGACUCUGUGCAGAUAUUGCAUCAAUGAUGAUCAGCAUAUUGUCAAAGCUCGUUGUCAAGUGGUUUUGAGAGAAACUAAAGCCUUAUUAGGAGAACUGAUUGAAGGAGACCUUAGUUCUAGUAUAAAGGCUACACCAGAUGCACUCAAGUGGCCCUUAAUGCCUUCAAAUGUAAAUGUUUUAAUUGAUGUUUUGAAAGAUGUUCUCUAUUCGUUAGAAACAAACACAAAUACUGCGCUACUCGCAUUAGUAGUUCACUGUUUCAGUUACAGCAAGCCUGCUAUAGAUAUUUUGAAAGAACAUUUUAGUAAUGAAUCGAAAAAGCCUUGUUCCUGCUUAAUUAAAAGUAAAGAUGAUGUGACUGAGAAUUGUUCUUUUGUGAAAGAUUUUGAUUUAUACAAUGAGAGACUACUGCAGGUUGGGAAUUUUGCUGUAUCCUGUUCUUCUGACCAACACAGGAUCUUAACUCUGCGCAGCGGUCUCGCCAGUUUAGAAGCAUUAGAUCCUCACUUGGUACCAGCUCUUAUGAUGUCUGCCUACAGCCAUCAUGCUAAAUUGUUAAUAAACUCUUGGACGCAGGAAGUUCAAGAGAUUCGUGACAGUAUUUAUUUAAUUGUAGAUCCAACAGCAUUCGCUGAGAAAUCAAAACAGAUGAUGCACCACAAACUGUUGACUAUAUUGAAAGAGAAUAUAUACAAGAAUACUGACGUCUGUGCAGUGAUUAACAUAGGUUGUAUGGUGCUUGAUUUUUUUCUCGUAUAUGAUAAGUGCGAACCUGAUGCGUUGAGCCAUCACGACAAGCUGAUGAUUUUAGUGGCGGAUUUGGAUAAAGUACAGAAAGAAUGCAAAAUUGUAAGCAACCUGCUGAGUUCCAAUGACGAUUUUAUCUAUGAAGUGAAAAUGCCCACUAACAAAAAAGAAGUAUCCAUGGAUCAACUUACAAAGCGUUUAAAACUACUAUACACAUUGAUCAAUAGAAUUCACAUCUUACUUUGUCCUAAAGACAAUGAUGAUCAGUUACUUGAAUACGAAGUAGGCGAAGAAGAACAACAUCAGGCAUUUAAAAAUGCCACUCACACAGUGUUAAAGAAUUUUGAGACUUAUGUCAACUCGCCAAGAAAAGCAACGAAUAACAUGUCCCGAAGUAUAUUUGGGCGAACUAAUGUACGAUCUUCGACAAAAAAUAUACCCUUAUCAAAGUUAACAAAGCGUUUUAAAGCUAAAAUGAAUACUGAACUUAGUUUUUCUGUUCAAUUGGAUUGUUUGUUCAAUGAAAGUCGUGAAACAAAUGUUACUUCCGAAGUGGCAUUACAAAUUAAGAAUCUGGACAAAUUGAGGGAAAAUUCAAUGAGUGUUUUGUAUAAUUUUUCGCCGAUAAAGCGACCAUCACUGAGGAAAGCGGUUUUAAACAGACAAUACAAAAUACCCACUAUGACUAAUGAGACUAUAGAUAAAAAUGUAACAUAUGACAAUGAAGCCCAAAUGGAUGCAACUAUGAGUUUGCAAAUUACUGAUAUACUGAAUCAAAUGAACGAUAUGACAAACAUGUUUUCCACUUCAAAAAUGUCCCAGCACACGCAUCAAGGAAGUAGAGUCCUGCAAAAAAACAAUGAUACAAAAAACGUAUUAAGUAUAAAUAUUAAUAGUCAGAAUACAACCAUAUCGAAAAAUUUCUGGAAUAUUCCUGUAUAUGCAACGGUUGUGGAAAUGCCUUUAGAAGACAGUACUACAAAUGUGACCCAACCUUCUAAUAUAAAUACUUUGGAAAGAAUUAACGACUUGGAUUUCGUUGAGAGCAAACUAAACAGUUUGCGAUCACAAUUGGAAACAAGUUUGUGA